GCGUUGGUGAACAGGUUAUCAUACAUUCAACAUUGUUGACAGCACGUGGUGGUCUGGUGUUUAUGACAAGUUGGAUAUUUAAUUAUUAAAGAAACUAUGGCUUUGAAAUUAAGAGUACAGCGGCCGCUGACUCACAAAGGAAAAAAGGCGUUGAUAGACAAGGAACCCAAGCUGAUAGAGAACACCAAGCAGAGUUUGUUUCUGCGAGGCCGAAAAUGUAAUGAGACUCUUUUAAGUUGUCUCAAAGAUUUGUAUCAAUUGAAAAAGCCUGAUGCUGUGAUGAUGAAUGGAAAAAACGAUUUUGUACCGUUGGAUAACGCCACGCCUCUUGAGACUUUAUCGAAAAAGAGCGAUUCUUCAUUAUUUUUCUUUGGCUCUCACUCAAAAAAAAGGCCAAACAAUUUAGUCAUAGGCAGAAUGUAUGACCAUCAAGUUUUAGACAUUGUCGAGCUUGGUGUGGAUGAAUACAAAGGCCUCAAGGACUUUGAUACAGAAAAGAUUAGUGUAGGCCUAAAACCCUGUUUGGUAUUCUCAGGGCCCAAAUUCUCUCAAGAUGAGAAUUUAAUGAGAAUCAAAAACCUUUUCGUCGACAUGUUCCACAGGGAAAAUGUGCAAUCAGUUCGUCUACAAGGAUUGGAACAUGUUUUGACCUUUACUGAAUCAGAAAAUAAGAUUUUUAUGCGCAGUUACAGGGUUUUGUUGAAAAAGAGUGGAACUAGACUCCCUAGGGUUGAAUUGGAAGAAAUCGGACCUUCCAUUGACUUCAGCCUAAGGAGGAUGAAAUUAGCAUCUGAGGACCUGUUCAAAUUGGCUUGCAAAAAGCCGAAGGAGCUCAAGGUCAAGAAAGUGAAGAACAUAUCAAGGGAUCCGUUUGGAUCAAAACUGGGCAGGGUGCAUAUUAAGCAGCAGAAUAUAAAUAAAUUGCAAACGAGAAAGUUGAAGGCUUUGAAAAAAAGGAGGGAAGAGAAAAAAAAUAAAGGAUGA